UACUGGCGAUUACGCCUAGUAACUAAUGAGGACUUCAGCAUCAGGUUUUGCACAAUUCGCUUGAGCAUGAGAGGAAACGGCGAGCGAGGAAAGGCGGAUUUAAAGUCGCCUCCUGGCGGCGUGAGGGAGCGAGGCGGCGGCGGCAGCAAUAACUACUACCGCUACUGUUGUUCAAUAACAAUUCCCGCCGGACGGGAGGGGGGGCUGUUGCCUUGGCAACCUGGGCCAUGUUGGGAAGGGGCCGCGGCAGCGGCGGCCUAAGAGCAAUGGAGAGCGGUGGUUUGACCGGUUGGGCUACCGGGAACCCUGAAGAUCCCGGCCCAGUCCCGAGGCCUGCGAUUGACCCUUCCGUUCUCCCGACAGAAAUACCCCAGUUUGUUACCAUGAAUGAAGAACCUGCCACAAUUUGUUUCAAUGAAGAUGAUUAUUACUGUCCUGUAUGCCAAGAUGUGUUCAAAACACCUGUGAGGAUUUCUGUUUGUCAGCAUGUGUUUUGCAGGAAAUGCUUUCUGAUGGCUAUGAAGGAAGGUGGAACACAUUGUCCUUUAUGCCGUGGCAUCGUUACCAGGAAAGAAAAAGCACGUCCCAGCAGAGCCUUAGAUGUUGAAAAUAACAUGAAGAAGUUGGUGGGGAGCUGUAGAUGUUGUGAUAAACAGAUUAGAUUCUCUCGUAUGAGACACCAUUAUAAAUCGUGUAAGAAGUAUCAAGAUGAAUAUGGUGUUUUGUCUGUAAUCCCAAACUUAGAAAUAUCUCAGGAUUCUUCAGGAAACAGUUUUAGGAGUGAUUCUUCUACUUCAGAAAUUGGAGAAAAUUCUAAUCUUCAUGUUCCUGAAGAAGCUGCAAGUGGACAGCCUACAUACAAAUGCCCUCUGUGUGAAGAAAGUAACUUCACAAGGCAAAGCUUAUUGGAUCAUUGUAAUGACAGGCAUCUUUAUCAAAUAGAUCCAGUAAUCUGUCCUAUUUGUAUGUCUUUUCCUUGGGGAGACCCUAACUGGGUUACUAGAGAUCUUGCUGCCCAUUUAAAUCAGAGGCAUCAACUUGAUUAUGAAGAUUUUAUGAAUCUUCAGCUGGAUGAAGAAACUCUGUUUCAAAAUGCUGUUGAAGAGUCUUGUCAAGUGAAUCUUUGAAGUCUCUAAUUUGUUCACAGCACUGCUAUGUGCAAGGGGAAAAGCUGUGCCUGUGGUCUCAGUGUUAAUAAAAGGGAACUCUGUAUCCAGUUCGAUAUCAACUGUUUGUUGUUUCCCCCUAGAAUAGCUUCAUUUUAAAAUGAUUUUUAUUUAAACUAAUUGAAAGGUAUGCCAUUUUGAUCUCUAUAUAUUUUUUCUAUUAGAAAAGUUGCAAAUAUCUGGGGAAAAUAUCACAGAUUUUCAGAAAAAUCUAUUUACAAUUGUUUCAUCUGCUUUCAUCUUGUUGCUUUUUAAAAUCUUGUUUUUUGUUGCACUGGAACAAGAAUGGCAGGCUUAUAUCAGAAUGCAGAUAAUUGAGAGCAAGCAUCUUUGGUUGAAUAGUUAUUUUGUUCUUUGCAUAUUGACUAUAUUUUGUAUUUUCUAGUUUAUUUUAAAAGCUAAAAAGGAUUUCAGUCCAGCCCUUUGCUUAAAUCCAGUUGUCAACUAUGUUGCAAGAGUAAUAGGCAUGCAGAUAUUUUUCUUUCAGUUGCUGGCAAUGAUCUGUAAAUAUAGGCGUUAACUAAGCCAAAUGGUAUUACAGAGUAACCACAAUUCACAUACUUGACAGCUAUGGCAUACUGAGCUUCAUUAGGCCAGUUCCUUUUUAAUGACACAAGGGCUUCCACCACUAUGCAUUCUUGUAGCCAGUUACCUCUGGGAGUGGCUUCUCUUAAAUUAUUAUUCUUAAUUUACUUGAUUCUAUUUUAAAAUAGCUGUUCACAGGGUUUUUUAUGAUUGCAUCACAGUUCACCUCAGAAGGUUACUUAUUUCAGUUCUUUAAGAAAACUUGGAGUAGGAAUUUCAGGUGAUGCUAAUGCUUUACAAUAUUAACAUAAUAAA